AUGAUCGUUGGUGGCGAUGAAGUAAAUGGGGUGACAUUUUCAGCAACAAAGAAGACGAAGAUAUUGGUAACACAUGGCAAGAGGAUUCGAGAAGCUUUAAAAGAUGAUGACAUCACCUUCACGAAAGAGGAUGCUGAUGGAAUUCUUCUCCCGCACAACAAUGCUCCUAUAAUAUCUCUUAAUGUGUUAGAUUUUAAAAUAAAACAUGUGUUGGUUGAUUCAGUUCCGGCAACAAAGCUUCUGGUCUGGUUCAACCUUAGAAGUGUAAUGACCCGUGGAGAGAUUUUAUUGCCAACGCAUGCAGAAGGCGUAACAAAGACCACUCAGUUCGAAGAGGUAGAUGAAGACAUGGGAUACAACGUGAUUCUUGGAAGGCCCUGGAUACAUGAAAUGAAGGUUGUGCCGUCAACUUAUCAACAACUGUUGAAGUUUCCCACACCGAAUGGGGUCAAACAAUUUAGAGGAGAUCAACUAGCUGCAAGAGAAAUGAAUACAGGUACCUUGUCCAGUAGCAAGGGGAAAGAAGCAAGCAAAUAA